ACUGGGAAGGAGGGAGGGAAAGAGGGAGAGAGUCUAUAUAUACAUCCCAAAGAGGCUGGUGCUCACAGGCACAGCUGGACUACUGGAUAACUGGACUGUGGCCCACUGGAUAUUUAGCUAGAAAGAAAAACAGGCCCAGAUUGAAGUGACGUGCCCAGAGGUAGAGAUGAGUCCUUUGGGGGAUGUGGUCUUGUUGAGGACCUACGUAUGUGGUUCCUAUUAAAGCCCUGUAGCUGUGUAGCAAGGCAUAUCACACUGAAAGGGGAGACCAGUGUUUGAUCAAGUGCUGUGUGGGACUCGCCUUUUUUCCUUUCACAAAAAUAUAUUCCACUUUUUGUUGCUAAAAGAAAACAAACUUUUUUGGUCUGGUGUUACAAGGGAAGAUAUUUUCCAACACAAACCAAGAUUAAUACUCAGCACCAGCAAAGCCUCUGGAAAACAAAGUAGUUUAGUUAGUGUGACAUAACAUAACACAACGAUGAACAGUGUGGCAGACUGGCUCGUGCAGAACAGGGACAAGAUCGAGAAAGGCGUGGAGAUCAUGGGGCAAGCCUCCGAGGUGCUCGCUGCCACUGUGGGCCAGCUUCACCCCGUCCUGGAGGCCGUGUUCGUGGCUUCGGCUGAGAUACUCAGCAACCCGGACAGUAAAGAGGCUCGCUACCUGACUCAGCAGUUUGAACUGGUCAACCAGCUACUCGAAGGUAUCCAAGAUGAGAUUGAUAAAAUUGCCCUGGCACUGCAGAGGACCUCGUUGAACAAGCAGAACUUUGAUCGAGAGGCGCAGAUGCUCAGCCAGUACGAGAAGUUCCAAGACUUUGUCAACGCCAAGCCAAAGUUCAAAGAGAAGAAGAUGGAGAAAUUCAUCAGCCAUUACGAGAACACCGACGCCGACUUGAACUUGGAUGCCCUCUACAAUGCCGUCACUGGGGAGAACACCUCAGGAGACCCUAUGCUGGAGACAGUCGUCACCACAGAGCAGAGAAACAGAAGGGCAGUUGAGGAUUUCUGCGCCCGCCUGAAGAAGCUUUUUGUAGUGGGCAUUAUCGCCGUCAUGGGUCAUGCCGCCCUCAAGGAAGGAGUGGUGGGGGAAGAGAUGGUGAAGAAGUGGCAAGAUCGGAUGGAGGAGGUGGAGAAACGGAUGAAAGCCGCUGUGGAUGACUGCACAGAGAACUUUGCUGUCCAAGCCAAGCAAGACAUGGAGCACCUGCUUCAGGAGAAUCCCGGCACCGUUGACCGUGAAUUUACCAAAACCCUUCUGGAUUCACUCAUUAAGAAAUACGACUGGGUGAACUGGUCCAUCAGGGCCUUCAGUGAGAGGGAGCGCAUUUUCUUUUUCAACUGGCUGGCGGGAAAGAAGUGCCAUGGAAGCGGAGGAGCCAACUGGUUUGACAUUAUGACCAAGAACAAGGUCAAAGUGGUGGUUUCUUUCUGCGUCAACCCCAAGCCCAUUAACAAGAGCCAGAUCCAGGAGCAGAUCGAGUGUCAGAAGAUGAAGUCGGACAUGAUGGCAGUGGCCCUGGCUUUGAACAAGAGCUUCCCCAACUGCCUGGUCCAUGCUGUCAGCCAUUACAAGGAGGUGGUGGAGAGUAACAACUUCCAUGAGGACUGUUACUACUAUGGAAAACACAAAAGAGCCUACCUGUGUGUCCACCCUGAGUAGGCUCACAGAGAAAAGAUAAAGUGCAGCUGGAAGAAGUGAGCUACACAUAAAUCCAUGAAUGUCUUUACGAGAGACCUGGAAAUGUUUCCAUUAAAUAUAGAAAUUCAUUCAUAAUUAUUGUCUAUGUCGAUGCAUAAUCUGCUCUAUAGGGGCUCUGGUAUGUGAUUCAGUGUCUUACUUGUACCGAUUUUUAUUCUUUUACAUAUAUAUAUCUUUCGUCUGUAGAUGAUACAGCAGCUUCAGGGUGUUUUUUCAGAGCCGUACAUCUCCAUGCCAGCUUCAACUUAGUGUUAUGUACCGUAUAUGAUUCUAUCCUCAUUGGAUAUCACUAGGGUUUGGGUGAUAUGACAAUAUUAGUCUGUUAGCUGCCAGAGACUUUAUCAUACAUUUAAACUGAGGCACCAUCGCCCUUCAAUCCCUUUAAUCCCUGUAACAUCUCAGAUUCUUGUGGGUAAUGCUAUAAAUCAAUUUGCAGAAAUACAUAAUGGAUGUUAUUGGAUUUUUAUGUAAUUUUUUUUCUCUUUGCAUUAAUGUAAUGAAGAUUUGUCCAUUUGGAUUAGCCCAAAUAUUGAUUAUUUUGAGCUUGACAGUGUACUACUGGCCUUUGAAGUGACAGAACGAGUAUGGAAUUUGUUUUCGAGUUGAGAUUGUUUUGUCAGCUGCUCUUUCUGAUGUCAAAAAUGAACUGUCAAACUCAACUUUUAAAGGCAAAGCUCGACAUUUUGGGGGAAAAAUACUCACUCACUGGCUUUCUCGCCAAACGUUAGCAAAAUGAUCAAUACCACGCUCAUAUUUGUCCUAUAAAUACUAUACUACAACCAGGAAAUAGUUAGCUUAGCUUAGUUUAGGGUAAAGACUGGAAAAAAGCAGGUGUGUAAAAACACCAAUUUGCAGGUUUUGCACAUGAACGUAUAAAGAGAACUGGAUACAGUGUUGGAGGUGGGGUUCAGUAUAUUUGCAGAGUUGUGACACUGAUUUACAGAUGUCUAAGUCUAUGGGAUAAAAUCCUUUUGGGCCUAAUGGUAUCCUGUGAUGGACCCGGAUGUUGUAAUCCACGUUUGGCUAAUAUACAAAAUAGUCUUCAAAACCUUGCGCUGUUCCUGGUGGCUUGGUUAUUUGUUGGACUAUUUCUAUGUGUGGCACACAACUUCCUGUAAAAAUGCAAAGUGGGAUAAACUUAGUGUUUUGGAAGGAAUAAAUACCCUCCUGAGACCCUGCACCCUCAUACGAGGACAUUACAUUUUGGGUUUACAGCACCUUAUACUUCACUCUGCUUAACUUAGACCUGUUGUCCUCGUUCUUGGACACUUUUGUGCCAUCUAGUGGUAGUAAGAGCACAAUACACUAAUCCAUGUUAAAACAAGAUGGCAGCCAUCUCUGCCAAGUCAGUCAGCAGCCGAUCCCAACAAUGUGCAAAACCUGAUCAAAUUUUAUGGUUUAAACUUGUUUAUUUAUGAUUAAUAAUGUUUGUAGUUUGAUAUGGCAACAAAUUUGACCAAUUUUAGCAACAGUAACAAGAUAAGACGCUGUUAAUUAGAAGGUACUCGGCUGAAGACAUAAGGAAUUUAUCAUCAGCUUGUUGAAGGACAUUUUGACUUUAUUAUUGUUGACAGUGUUUAGUUUUUUAUUCUUAUCAGGUCCUGCUGAUCCCAGUUAGCUAGGAGAAAUUAAAAAUGGGAACCAAACAAACAUUCAGGUCUUAGGAGGAUAAAGCCUAUAAGAUGUAAUGUGUUUAGAGAUUUGCUGGCUGCUUUCCCAAUUUAUGCUAAGCUAAGCUAACCAUCUCCUGGCUGUAACUGCAUAUUGUUUAAAGUGAGCAGGUGGCACCUUGUAAAAGCCUCGUAAACCUGCUUGAGUUGUCAGAAGACCAUUUGAACUGCAAAGCGCUCAUCCAUUUAUCAAACAAGAUAUAACACGUUAAUUAGUCGAAUAUAUUUAUGCGUUUUAACCCUUUGACAAAGCUUGCCGCUUUCAGACUUUAUGCUAAGCUAAGCUAAUGUCUCCUGGUUGUAGCUACAGAUUUAGCACACAGACAUGAGAGUGGUAUAUUGCUUCUUAUCUAACUCUGUGAUAGGGUCAAAAGCUCCAGAACAAGACAGUAAUUGGACCUUGAAUUGAAAUUGUUUUGUCAUUUGUCACAUCCACUGCCUCAAUUGAUUUUCCAGAGAAUGGACCAAUUGCACAGUAUAUCACAAAAGAAAUAAAUGACAUGUGCUGUGUUAGCAGAUUUUAUCGGCAUUGCCCACUCCUACAUAUAAAUGUGUAUAAAACAAAAUCAACUAAUAUUUUUGCUGCUUUUGGUGCAAUAUAUUGCUGCAGGGCAAACUCCUAAAAUCCUUAUGCCACAAUCACUUUAUCAAGACACUUAUGUGUAUUUUACUUUAAUUUGUAAUAAACAAAACAUAUGAA